UUCUUUUCCAAUAUUAGCCAGUAUUUUAUAUUAAUGCGUGGCUACAGUGGUAAUUAUAGGCGAGACGCGAGGGCAAAUCAGAGAUGCCGACUGUAUAUAUAUAUAGAGACUCUGGCAUCCAUCCUCUUGGAUUUGAGAGAGCUUGUCUUCACCCUUGCCAUUCUUCUUCGGCUGCCGACCCUUGUUCCUACAAUUGAAGCACGAUGAUGAUGCAGAUCAACUCCAGCGUACCAGCCCGAAGCCUGCAGAUGUUUCAGGCAAGACGCGCUAGCUUCAAGCUGUGCCAAACCUCUACCCUCAACCCCUCCGUGAUGGCCGCACCACCGUCCACCGACACUCUCAAACUGGUGACCUCCACGGAAUCGACUAGGCUCCACCUCGCUAACCUCGACAAGCUCCUCCAGACGAAGCAACCUCCAAAUCCCCCGCAACCACUACCACAACCAUUUACUGAGAUCCAUAAACAACCCGCCAAUGAAAAGAAGGCAAAGACCAUACUUGAAGGACUGAACUUAACGAAGGUGUGGCCGGAAAUGAAAGCUACAGAGGAAAUGUCACCCCGACAUCUCAACCGCUUGCAGCGCUUGCUGUCCAUGACGCAGGAACGUUCGCCGAGGAACGUUCUGGGCAGCAGAUGGAGGGAGUAUCACGGUUGCGACGAUUGGAAGGGCAUGCUGGACCCUCUCGAUGAGAAUCUCCGGCGAGAGGUGGUCAGAUACGGUGAGUUCGUCCAAGCCGCCUACCAUUCCUUUUACUCCAACCCGGCCAUGUCAGAGGAGGAGCCCCCGAUGCCACGCCACGUGGUCCUUCCCGAUAGGUCGUAUCGGGUGACGAAGAGCCUCUACGCCACGUCCUCUGUUGGGCUGCCCAAAUGGGUAGACGACGUCGCUCCGGAUCUCGGAUGGAUGAGCCAGAGAUCAAGCUGGAUUGGGUACGUCGCCGUUUGCGAUGACCGGAGAGAGAUAGCGAGGAUGGGACGGAGAGACAUCGUGAUAUCCCUGAGGGGCACGGCGACGUGUCUCGAGUGGGCCGAGAACAUGAGGGCCCAGUUGAGCGACAUGGACGAUUCGUCAUCACAAGACGAAGGUAAACCCAAAGUGGAGUGUGGGUUCCAGAGCCUGUACAGAACCAGAGGGACCCACGUGCCCAGCUUAGCAGAGUCGGUGAAGGCAGAAGUAAAUAGACUCAUGGAAAUGUACGAAGGAGAAGAUCUCAGCAUAACUGUAACAGGACACAGUCUGGGUGCGGCACUGGCCUUGCUGGUGGCCGAUGACAUAAGCACCAUCCAUGACGAGGUCCCACCAGUGGCUGCAUUCUCGUUCGGAGGGCCCAGGGUUGGGAACAAGGCGUUUGGGAACAGGAUUACAGGGAAAAACGUGAAGGUUCUGAGAAUAGUGAACUCGCAGGAUGUGAUAACGAGGGUUCCGGGGAUGUUUCUGAGUGAAGAGAUGGAGCAGAAGCUGAGGAGCUCCAAGGUAGGUGGGGUUCUGGACAUGUUGGAGAAGAACAUGCCAUUAGCAUACACACACGUGGUCGAGCUGCGUGUGGACACGAAGAUGUCACCUUAUCUGAAACCAGAUGCUGACAUGGCGUGCUGUCAUGACCUGGAGGCUUACCUGCAUCUGGUGGAUGGGUUCAUGGCGUCGAAUAGUCCAUUCAGGAGUAAUGCCAAGAGGAGCCUGGUCAGGUUAUUAAAAGAUCAAGGGUCCAAUAUUAAGAAGUUGUAUACAAGCAAGGCAAAAGCCAUGACUGUCAAUAUUGAAAGACAGAGAUCGUUCUCCAUGUCUACUUGUUUACCAAGUCCUUCUUAAUUGUGCGAACUUUAAAGUGUGAAUACGAUCAAAGCUUUGCAUGUA